UUGUGUGUUUUCCACCUCCCAGGUACUGAUAACCAUGGCAUCCCUGUGGCUGCUCAGAGUUCCCUUCCUGUGUGCCCUGCUCUGGACCUCUUGUACUCCAGGUACCAGGGCCCAUGAGCCUGGGGCCGGCAGCCAUCACAGCAGUGUGGGCCUGGACAAGAGCACAGUGCAUGACCAAGAGCAUAUCAUGGAACAUCUAGAAGGUGUCAUCGACAAACCAGAGACAGAGAUGUCCCCUCAAGAACUGCAGCUCCACUAUUUCAAAAUGCAUGAUUAUGAUGGCAACGAUUUGCUUGAUGGCUUAGAACUGUCCACGGCCAUCACUCAUGUCCAUAAGGAGGAGGGGAGUGAUCAGGCACCAGUAAUGAGUGAAGACGAACUGAUUAACAUAAUAGAUGGCGUUUUGAGAGACGAUGACAAGAACAAUGAUGGAUACAUCGACUAUGCUGAAUUCGCAAAGUCACUGCAGUAGAUGUUAUUUGGCGCUUUAGUUAUAUGCAAAUGUGACCCUUGAUAAUGUGAUGGGACGUGUCUGGUAAUGCAAAACAACUCUUUCCGUCUACUGCUACACACUUGGGUAAGAUCCUGUGGCAGUUUGUUACACUGGGGUGGGGAAAAAGCCAAAAGGAAUACCGAGAGGACAAGUGAAUGGGACAUGCCCUCUCAGUCCCCGAGUGCUUUUAAGCUUGUGGGACUGGAGCUGGAUAAGAAUCUUCAGAAGGGUGUUGGAUAUUAUUCCCAGGCUCUCAGGAACUGGACUGCAGAUUGCCACUCUAAUUUCUUGAUGUUAAUUCAUGCUACCUGAAAUGUAAAGACAAUAUGCUUUGCCAAGUGGACCCACUUUUCAGUAAUAGUGGAAGGACAGUGUGAAAGCCACAUGUUCUCCCUGGUGGGUCCCAUCUCCAGGUAGAUGUGGUCAGUGUUCUGUUCCCCUGGCAUACAGUAUCACAGCAUCACUUGCUCUGGGCAAGGGGCUGUAUACAAGUGUAUAUUAAAGCCACAGCAUAAGAAGAAUGUCACUUAUGGAGUUCAGCCGGAUGCAGAGUCUCUCUAAGAUUCUCUAUCCACUGGCAUUUUGCGGAUGAGGUACCACUGACCUAAAUAAUUAGCCUUUUUCAGUUCUUCAGUAUUUUAUAUUACUCCUGUCAUACCCAAGCUGGGAAUGACCUUGAAUUUGAGAGUGUUCUCUGAUCAAUUUCCACUAUUUUCCCGGUCCUUGUAUUUCAUCCUUGCUCCCAGGGUUCCCUGUAUGGUGUAUCAGCUAUUGAUUUGAUAUUGCAGGUUUAAACCAUCAGCUAGCCUGAUGGUCUAGCCUGAGUCAGAGCCUAAAAGAUCAGCCACUCAGAAUGGUGACUAACCUCAUCCCAAGUUUGGAAGGAAUGUUUAAAAAUUACCUCUUCAGUCUGAAUUUGAGAAUUCUUUUCCUUUCAGGGAAAAUCAGAAAAGGAAGCCUAAAACCCUUUAGCAUUGUGAAUCUUAGUAGUAGCUGAAAGAGAAGCAGCCUUGGGGUAUAAUUUGCUUUGCAGGAUGUAAUAGACAUACUAUAGAAUUGAAUCCAGAAUGAUGGCAGGAUGGGAAGAAGAAGCUGAAUCAAAUUUGCUUUAAGACGUAUAGAGACUUAUUUUCUUUAUUAAAGUAUUCUUGUAAGAAAACUUAUGUAUUUGUGAGACAGUUUCCUGUGUCAAGUAUUUGUGCAAUCAGAGCUGACUUGUAAACUAUUCUUGUAAUAUCUCAUUAUUUUGGAAGAUUUAUAUAAUGAACUAUCUGACAAUAAAAUGGAUAAAAAGAUAAA